AUGGCUAUUGAACUUUACGCUUUCCCAUCUCCAAACAACUUCAAAGUUGCAAUCACCUUAGAAUUAUUAGGUCUUGAGUACAACUUACACAAAGUCUCUUUAAUGACUGGUGAACAACGUUCAGAAGAAUACCUUAAAAUUAAUCCAUUUGGUUUAGUUCCAGCUAUUAAAGAUGGUGAAACUGUUAUUGGUGAUUCUACAAACAUUGUACAAUAUCUAGUUUCAAAAUAUGAUAAAGAUGGUAAAGUUGCUAAAUUUACUGAAUCAUCAUCAGAUUAUUGGAAAUAUAAUCAAUAUUUAUUCACUUACGCUGCUGGUUUAUCAUCAGUCCAAGAUAAAGUUUUCCUAUUUGGUUUCGUUUGUAAAGAUCAAACAGAUGCUAUUGAAAUCUUGAAAGCUCAAUUGAAAACUCAAUAUGCUGCAUUAGAUAAGAUUUUAUCUUCAAAUGGUACUGGUUAUACUUUUGGUGAUCAACUUUCAAUUGCUGAUUUAGUUACUUUACCACAAGUUCGUUCUGUUGAAAAAUUUGGUAUUGAUUUAAAUGAAUUCCCAGCUGUUAAAGCUUUUAAAGAAAAAUUCGAAAAUGAAGCUUUUGUUAACGCUGCUUAUGAAAAAGUCCAAGCUUUAGGAUUCUAA